AUGGACGGUAGUUAUUACUGUAUUGCUGCAACAGCAGCAACCGUCUGGACUCCGGAAGCAUCGAACAAGAGCCCCGCCGCUUUCAGCAAUAUUGUCGUCAUGCCGAAUUUUGCGCCCGCCGUCGUUCCGAAGCCAGGCUGCAGCCCCAGCACUGUACCAGAUCUCGAUUGUGGCAUCAAGGCCAUGCUGAAGCCAGAACGUGGCCUUUUAGCAGUGCCAAAGCAGGAUUAUGAUCUCAGUGCUGUUGGCCUUACAACCCUGUCGCCGUCGCUGUACGGCCUCAGUGCCGUAUCGGAAGCAGAAUACCGCUCCAGCACUGGCCUGGGACUAGGGUGCGGCCCUAGUGCUGUUUCGAAACCUGAUUAUAGCUCUCAGAUUAUGCCAGAACUGGAUUAUGGUCUCAGUACGGUUUUGGACAGCACCGCUCUUUUAUACGCCAAAGCCAACGCAGCCAUUUUUUCGUCUUAUCCGACGGCGUCACAGAAUCUGGCACUUCCCAGCACGGAGCAGCUGAAGGCUGCUUUGCAGUCAUCUACGACAAAUAACGAUGUGUUUAAUCACCCGUAUCAUCAUCAGCACGGCUCUCCAGCAUCCAGUCCGCAGCAACAGAAACGCUUGACAGAUUUGCAGUGCAGCUCCCCGCUGCAUAUAUCACCUGCCGGAUACAGUGGCGUUAACAGCAUUCCUCUUCUGCCCGUUGUAAAACGAAAUGCUGAAGGCUGGGUUGCGCCGCGUCCAAAAAUCCCGCUGGUGGCGCCUGUGCGAAGAACGCCGUGUAACGGACUGGUGACGCUUUUCUUCACUGACAAAUAUGUCUUCAGUAACCAUUAUCUGUGCAAUCGUCUUUCCAUCGAUGGCAUGGAUUUCAUAUGCACUGAGCAGUAUUAUAUGUAUUGGAAAGCGAGACUUUUUAAUGACAGCGCUACAGCAAUGGCAAUAUUGGCAAGCCGUGAUCCGAAGCAAAUGAAAAUGCUAGGAACAAAAGUGAAAAAUUUCAGUCAGCUAAUCUGGAACAAGUAUUCCAUGCAGGUCAUGGCUAUUGCCAAUCAAAGAAAGGUUCGCACUUCGUAUUUGCGUCUAACGUAG